AUGCCGAGCACCGACCAGGAUAGCGAUGAGGGGCAGAUUCAUAGUGCCGACGACCUUGAGAACGAGAAUGAAGAUAUUGACUCUGUCCGUCUAGGAAAGCGCAAGCGGCCGCUUUCUGUGUCGUGCGAGCUCUGCAAACAGCGCAAGGUACAAACUCAUUCCCCCGAACCAGCACCCUCCCCGGUCCCUCGCGUGAUCAUCGGUGCCCACCCCGCUCUCCGAUCACUCACUUCCCCAUUCGCGCCGUGGAGACAGCCCGUAGUGGCGCUGUUCUCGCGCACCGGGGCCUCGUCAAAUGCGAUCGUGGACAGCCGGUCCGGGUCCCUUUUCCGACUCCCUGAUCCCAUCCAUACCUCCCAACACUCCGAUUCCACCGUCUUCAUCCAGCAGCCCAAGGCCCAAGGAUUCCAACUCGCAAAUGCAGCUAAGAACCUGGCAGGGCAGGGCCAAUCCUCUACAGUGCCGUCCUUGCAUGAUGGCUACUCCAUCCAUCAGACUCUCGGCGGGGCCGCACCUUCUCUCCCUCAACGCAACCAAGAUUACUACCGAACAGAUGUCAAGGUUAACCCAUCGAAUCUUCUCUCCUCGCCCUCUGACACUGCUAUCGUGGGAUCAGAACAGGAACUGCCGCCUUACGACCUUUUAUACGCGCUGGUUGAGCUGUACUUUAAACAAAUACAUACCUGGUGCCCAAUUCUCCAUCGCAAAACGACGAUGGACGUCUUCUUCGGCCAAUUGCCUCUUGAUGAACCAGACCGCGUGCUUUUGCACGCGAUUGUAACCACCACACUCCGCUUCUCUCAAGAUAGCCGACUAACGGAAGAAAACCGACGCCAUUACCACGAUCUGUCUAAACGAAAGGUCCUCCUCUACGGCUUAGAUAAUCUUUCCGUAAAGUCUCUCCAGGCCCUCGUGAUCCUGGCUCUCGACCUAUGUGGCAGCACCCAUGGCCCUCCGAGCUGGAACAUCAUGGCGCUGAUCACUCGUGCUGUGGUCCAGAUCGGCCUCGCGGUGGAGAGCCAUUCAUAUGCCACAAUCGUUACCGCCUUUGACUUCGCCCUGGUCGAAACCCGUUGGUACCGAAGCGGCCAAGGGGCAGUAGAUGCCAUGUCGGAGCCAGGCCUUGGGCGACCCGAGAACCUCGGUGCUUUCGCGUAUUACAUUGAUAUCCUCUCAAUCCUAUCCCAGAUCCACCUGUUUCUGAAAGAGCCAGUGGAUAUUAGCACCGCAUCGGAUGUGGAGCGGUGGCAGAGGCGAUAUAAAGAACUCGAUUCUCUGCUGUCGCAAUGGCAAGUUGGCCUUCCUGCCGAACUGGGAAAUAUAGCCUACCAGUCGGCGGGGAACAAGGCGGCGACGUGCUCCUGGGUUAUGCUCCAAGCAACCUUUCACACAACCAUCAUUCGACUCCACUCUUCCGCCGCUUACCCAACAAUGAGGUCUGCGCUAUUCGCACCCUCCUACGCUGCGAUGCAGCGCUGCCAGCUUGCGGUUGAGAACAUUGCCGCCUUGUACGAGUAUGUUGUUUCGAAUGGCCUGUUGGAUAAGCUUGGUCCGCCUUUCGCCUUCUCUACAUGGGUUGCCGCGCGGCUGCUUCUCGUCCACGCUUCAACGAUGGAGCACCCAUUAUCGUCACACAUUGAUGUAUUUCUAUCGGCUUUGUGCGAGAUGGGGAAGCAUUGGCAGGUCGCAAGCAGAUAUGCCCAGCUUCUCCAACGCGUUCUCGACGAGUACCAGGAUAGCGAAAGGCAGGGCGAUGGCGUGACACCCAAGUCGAUCAAGAUCCUUGCCGAUAUGAGGCGCACAGCCUUUGACCUCGAAUGGCUUAUUGCCCAUCAGCCUCGCCACGGCGCCCCCAAUUCCUUUGCCAACCAUGGUCCCGGAAACGGGGUGAAUGCCGAGCCCACCCGUAUGCCGAGUAUCACGCCGGCUCGGACGCCGGCACCAAACGAGCUAGAGUACUUUGACGUAUUCCACUGGUUCAACUACCCGCGCCUGCCGGCCGGUGGAGAAAAUGCGCUCUAUCAAAUGACGCCUGGUAUAGUUGAAUCCGGGACCUCGGGAGGUUUGGCAGAUGGUUCCGCGAUGAACCGAACUAACGGCGAGGUGAACGGUGGGAUUCCCGUCACCGCGGAAUACAUCAACUUUGGUACAUUUGCCGUAGAUGCGAGCAGGGAUUGGCUUGGCUAA